AUGAAUAUUGUAGACGAAGCAGAUAUUCAUCAAUUCAGAAACGUAAUGUCUGAAAUGAAGGAAAUUGUGAAUUUGUAUUUGGAGGUAUUUGAGGGAUGUGUUGAACAGACAAAUGUGGUUGACAAGAUUGUAUCAUACAAUGUUGACAACAUUAUAUCAGAUAAUGCUAAAGAGUGUUCACGAGAAGAAACUAUGGCAAUAAAAACGGUGGAAGAAGAAAAUUUAUAUGAGUUUGGAAGAUUGGUCCACUCGUCAUCGUUCGUCACCGGUCAAUCAGCUUCAGGUAGCCGUCGCCGCCUCCUCGCCGCUCAUCAGUCGGUCGCCGCCUCGCCGGGUCAUUGGAUGUCAAAUACGGAUGACUAUAUUGAAGUGGAAGAUGAGACCAUUGAAGUUGAAAACCCAACCAAUGAUCAAGUUCCACAAGAAAAACAGAAAAAAGCUAAAGAAUUCAACCCACGAUCGAAAGUUUGGAAAGAAUUUGAAAGGUAUAAGGAUGAAAAUGGUGUACAAAGAUGUAAAUGCAAGCAUUGUGGUGGUGGGAAUUACAAGUGCGAAUCAAGUGGUUAUGGGACAAAAAAUCUAGGUUAUCAUUUAACGAAAUGUAAAGCUUACUUGGAUAAACUUAGUGGUGGGCAAAAACAACUAACUUUUCAAUAUGGUGAUGAAAACAAAUUGUCAACUUGGAAAUUUGAUCAAAAUGAGAGUCGUAAGGCUCUAGCCCACAUGUUGGUAGUUGAUGAACUUCCUUUUAGCUUUGUAGAAGAGAGUCACCGUGGGGUUGAUAUUGGAAAAAUGGUUGAGAAAUGUUUAAUGGAGUGGGAAAUAGAAAAUAUUUUCACAAUUUCUGUUGACAAUGCAAGUGCGAAUGAUGUGGCAAUUGACUUCUUGAAAAAAAGUUUUCAAAACUCCAACACGUGUCUUCUAAAUGGGAAAUGGAUGCAUAUUCGAUGUGUUGCCCACAUUUUAAAUUUAGUGGUGCAAGAUGGCUUAAAAAAAGUUGAUAAGGCGGUUGAGAUAGUUCGAUGGGCGGUUAAAUGGAUUAGGCAAUCGCCUUCUAGAAUUCAUAAGUUUACCGAUUUUGCUAAGGUUGCUAAUCCCGGUAUAACAAAACACUUGAAGAGAGAUGUGCCAACAAGAUGGAACUCUACUUACCAUAUGUUGGAAAUUGCACAAGGUUACGAAAAAACUUUUGAAAGAUAUGAUCUUGAGGAAUUUGAUUUUCGGUACGAAAUUGAAAAGGCCGGUUUGUCGAUACCUUCAUCAAGCGAUUGGGAAAGGGUUAGGAAUAUAUGUCAUUUUUUAAAACCUUUUCAUGAUGUUACUUUGAGGAUUUCCGGGACACUUUAUGUGACAUCAAACACGUGCAUUGAAGAUAUAUAUUCCAUUCGUACGCUCUUGGAUGAUGCUAUUUCUGAUUCCACUCUUUGUGAUAUUGCAUUGGCCAUGAAAAAAAAGUUUGAUAAGUAUUUUGGCGAUGUAGAAAAAAUGAAUUUAUUGCUCUACUUUGCAUUGAUUCUUGAUCCAAGGAACAAAGUAAAGUAUUUGGUUAUACUACUUGAGGAUCGUUAUGGAGAAAAUGGGGUCGAGGCCAAAAAGAAAUAUAUCAUGGAUUCUAUGUAUGAAUUAUAUAAUGAUUAUAUUAGAAUUCAUUCUCCAAUUUCUACUUCAAGUACUGCCGAGUCUACCACUUCAUCAUCGAUAUUAGGGAAACGCCAAAACCCGGAUUUUAUGGCACCUAACCCCCCAUUGAGAAAUAAACUAAGAGAAAAGAUGAAGACGAACAUAGUUGAAUCAAUUGGGGAGUUAGAAAAGUAUUUUCAAGAAAGUGUUGAAGACGACUUGGAAAUGUUUAAUAUUCUAGAUUGGUGGAAAGUGAAUAGUCCAAGAUUUCCAAUUCUAUCAUUGAUGGCAAGAGAUGUGUUCGCCAUUCCCGUCUCAACGGUGGCUUCAGAAUCCGUUUUUAGCACUAGUGGAAGGGUUUUGGAUCCGUUUAGGAGUUCUUUGACUCCUAAGAUUGUUGAAAGUUUAAUUUGUACACAAGAUUGGAUUCGGGGUAGCAUAAGUGACACAAUCGAUUAUGAAAAAGAUUGGGAAGAAAAUCAACAAAUUGACAAAGAUUUGAGCAAGAUGGUGUAGUGAAGGUGCAAGAAGAACGAGUAUAUUUUUGAAUGUCUUUUGGAACUUGACAUGUUAUUAUUUUCAUAAUAUGUAAUGGUUUUCUAUGUUUUGUAGAUUUAAGACUU